GUGCCUGCGUCGCUCAGCGUGGGCGAAGUGACGUCAUGACCCCGCGCCCACACCCUGGCAGCCAUCUUGGAUAAGGGCACACCGCGGGUGCAUGUUGGGAUUGGCGGAUUAACGUUAACACCGUGUAAGGAUUUGUAAUGUUUUGUUUUAUUUAUAUAUGUACGACGCGGUGCUUUUGUAUCGGUGUGCUGGUAACAGUGAUCUAAGGGCUGGGAUGAGGGCAGUAGGCAGACUCUCUGAUACUUUACUGGGGGAAGUUCGAGUAAAAAUCACACACAGUUCCCGAUAAUAAUAGGACGAGCUGAGCAGUGACAGGGCAUUGUCAGCCUGUCUCACAGGGAUCCUAACCCAUCACUGCCCCCAGAUUACAUUCACUAAACUGGAAACCGGGGGCCAGAGACUGCACAAACACGGCGACAUUACAGCCCCAGAGUCCGGUAUAAGGAAUAUCCCCCUCCUUCCUAACACGGUGACACGGUAUCCAAGAUUUAAUUUAUUUAAAGUCCUUAUAGUGGCCAAUAAGGGAGCCAGCUGCCGCACACACGGCCAUUCAGUGCUCACCAGUCAAAACAAUCGCAUCUUCCUAAUGUGACGAAAUGCCAGCCGGUUGCCAGAAACAAAGAUGGCGGCAGCAUGUGUCGUAAUUAGUGUCCGUUUAUAUUCCUGGGGAUAUCUCUGUCAUACAGUCUCAUUGCGUCAUUAUUAGUCCUUAUUUCCAGAUUAUACUAGUGUGGUCACGGAUUGCAUAUUAAAAAAAAAAUAAAAAAAAUUUCGUUUAAAAAUAUUGUGUUUAUAUUGGCAACACAUAGAGGAUAUACUAUCAUGCAAAUCAUUUGUAGUUCAUAGUCUGGUAAUAACACUGCCCAUACCAUCAGGGAGGACAAUAGACAGUCACAACGUUCCCACAACUACAACUCCCGUGAUGCUCUGCCAGGCUUACAGCUGCCAAAACAUCAUGGGAGUUGUAGUUCCACAACACCAGGAGGCAUACUAAAUUUUUAUUAUUGUUAUUAUCAUGGCCGUGUUAUCACGAGCUGUGACAUUUAAAGCACCAGCUGCCGACUCUCAAUCCCAUGCUAUAAUACUUGUUAACGCCAUAAUAUCCUUUGCCCACAUUCAACAUGGCGGUCAAGGCCUUGGCCUUGGCCUUGCACGGACCAAUCGCUAUCCAGUGUUAUAACAGGCCCGUGGAUUGGGCGGCUGGACUAUGACCUAUGACUAACCAAUGAAAGGUAUAGUAUGUGAGUGGUGCUGUCUGGGCUGCUGCUGCUGGGGAGUUCUGCUCGGUGAGUGACCAUGAUGUGCCCACUCGUGAUCCACCAGGGAGGGCAUGCCAGUCUGGGGUAGGGUGAUGGGGUGGAUGAGGGUGUUGUGGGUGACAGUCUGCCCUGUGCAGGCCCUUGUUAGUGUGUUAAGUAGGGUUUGGGCUAUUGGGCCACGCUCACUGGGGGCAUUUUAGGGAUGCACUUGGCUAUUAUUUAUGACCACAGUAAUCCAUGCCAGGGACUGGAAUACAAAGCAGUUACAUUGUAUAGUAAAGUCAUAACACACCAUCACAACUGUAGCUGCUGUAAUAAUACAUUUAAGCCAGAAGUUUAUUAGAGCAUGAUGGGAAAUGUAGUCCUGAAAGACUGGACACCAGACAACUGCCACGACUACCCUACUUGCACAAAAUAGCAGGAGUCUCAAACCAGUUAAGGUUAUUUAAGGAUAGUUACCAACUUCUUUACUAUAUCUUGGUAUCAUUUGUUGUAGCCUGUUUUGUUCAAUAAUUUUUUUUUUUUUUUAAUCUGUCAGUUUUGUGUGUGUGUGAAAGAAUUGGUUUGCAAAUGGGUGGAGUGGUGUGAUUGAUUUUUUAGUAUGCUGUGGAAAAUGCACACCCAUGUACAGGGUGGUAAUGUAAACACAAUCCGUUAUCAGCUAGUUCAGAGGUGUUUUUUAUAUAUAUAUAUAUAUAUAUAUAUAUAUAUAUAUAUAUAUAUAUAUAUAUAUAUAUAUAUAUAUAUAUACACACACAAAGAAUGAAUAGGCAAGGCACUCCUCCUAAAAUUCUUCUUGUAAAGAGUCAAAUGCCUAGGUGCAAUCCCGCGUCCCAAUAUACAUGAAUCAAUAAGGGGAGCACACCAGGACUUCAAUGUAGUGCAAAAAGUAUUUACUGUAUCCAAAGCAUGAUACAAAUUCUGUGCAAAGAGAAUCAACGUUUCGACCCUGCUGGGGUCUUUAUCAUGAUCUUGAUAAAGACCCCAGCAGGGUCGAAACGUUGAUUCUCUUUGCACAGAAUUUGUAUCAUGCUUUGGAUACAGUAAAUACUUUUUGCACUACAUUGAAGUCCUGGUGUGCUCCCCUUAUUGAUUCAUGUGUGUGUGUGUGUGUAUGUAUGUAUAUAUAUAUAUAUAUGUAUGUGUGUGUAUAUAUAUAUAUAUAUAUAUAUAUAUGUGUGUGUAUGUAUGUAUUACACAGGAUCCAGCGCACUCACCUAUCCACUAAACGGCAACUUCAAUGUUGAAAGAUUUUAUUAGUUUUUUUAAAAACACCUAAUCUAGGCAAAAAUAAUGGGGGUUUAGUUACAUUAAAUGAUCAUACAUUGCAUAAGCCUGCCACAACGUCAUUGUACCCCAUCUUUGGCAGGUCCUACACUAACAGUAAUGUGAAUCUAACAUAAUGACUCUUGGCAUUGUGAGUAUUGGGGGAUGACUGACAUAGUGAUUGUUUGUGUGUAGGGGUGGUGAUGUUACAGGGUGAGUUGGGGGGGUAGAUUGUGUGUGGGCAAGCAUUGUAUUUCUUUGUCCAGCCACCUUGCACAAUUGUGUGUGUGUGUGUGUGUGUAUGUAUGUGUGUGUAUAUAUAUAUUAUAAAAAUGUGGAAUUAUUAUUUUUAGUUGAGCCCCCUAGUUGUUUACCUUUUUUGCAGUGAGAGGGUCUUCGAUCCUUAUUCCAUGAUGGUCCAGCCUCUGUAGAGAACAGCUCCCAGCUGGAGCACUCAGCCGUACAUGUAGAUCUGUAGAUCUCCCAACUGUCCUGUGCAGCUGCAGAGCUAAAAUGGUAGCACUGACUCUGCUGUCCUGGCAGCCAUUGCAAGCAAAACUUGUUUGAAACAAAUUAAUUUUCUUUGCACUGGUCUCAAUAUACAUGAUCAAAUGUGGCACACAGGUUAGUUGUCAGAACUUUUUAAAACUGACAAAUUUUACUGAGAGGAUGCCAGGGUACAAUUGGCAUGAUAACAACUAAAACAAUCUGUAAUGGUUUUGACCUGUGGAGUUUUCCUUUAACUCAAGGAACCUAAUGCUCAUGUAUGUUGUUGACUGCACGCGUUAGACCUUCCUCAAAGGAAAGCAUGAAAUUAAAGGACCACUAUAGGCACCCAGACCACUUCAGCUCAAUGAAGUGGUCUGGGUGCCAGGUCCAUCUAGGAUUAACCCUGGAAACUGCUAUGUUUACUUUAGGGUUAAUCCAGCUUCUAGUGGCUCUCACUGACAGCCGCUAGAGGCGCUUCUCACUGUGAAAAUGACAGUGAGAAGACUUUCCUAUGGACUGGCUGAAUGCGCGCGCUACUCUUGCCGUGCAUGCGCAUUCAGCCGAUGACAUCAGAAGAGGGAGGAGAGUCCCCAGCGCUGGAGAAAGGCCCGGCACUGUAGUGGUCCUUUAAUGCUUUGAAGAAUUAAUGAAUGGAUUUGAAGAUGCUGGACGUCCUUGUGCAAAGCGUAGACAGCCACUAGAUCAGUGUUUCCCAACCCAGUCCUCAAGGCACACCUACCAGUCCAGGAUUUAGGGAUUACCCAGUUGUGUCUAAGGUGUUUUUUUUCUUCUUUGUAAAAACACCUUAGACACAACUGGGUUAUCCCUAAAUCCUGGACUGGUAGGUGCGCCUCGAGGACUGGGUUGGGAAACACUGCACUAGAUAUUGCAUUUUUUCUGAAACGGCAAUGUUUUAGAUUGCAGGAUUAAGGGGACAGGAACAGUGCACAAUUCAUCUCAUUGAAGUUGUCUGGUGCCUAUAGUGUCCACGUACAGUACAGUGAAUUAGAAAUGUGCAGAUAUUUUAAGUGUCUUUGGUUUUUUAGAUGUCAUCUAUUGAGGUACUGGUUUUAUUCAUAAACUGCAAUCAUAUUGCACAAUGGUCACAGGAGGCAAACAAUACUGCAAGGACCUAAUAGUCAGCUUUAUAUAAUAAGCAAUCAUGGGUUUGGAAAGUUUCUUCAACGCUGCUGUAGUCACAGUUGGCUAUUUUAUCUUAACUUUUGCGCUUUGUUUUUUUUCUCACUACAGUCUAUUAUUUAGUGAAUAAACCCCAAUAGACAGAUUUAGAGAAACCUGACAAGGAUCCUUCUCAUAUGCUUCAUACAGAGGUUUAUUUUUAUGUUCUUGUUUGUACCCCAUAACUGCAUUACCUUGUUAAUAUCUUUUAUGCUAUGCCAGUGGCUGUACUAUUCAUACUAUCUGCAACGCUAGUUUGUGUGUACAGUUUUACUUGUAUAUAAAAAUAUAUAUCAAAAUAGCUAAACAAUACAGGUCUUAAAGGAACACUAAAGUGUCAGGAAAACAAACCUGUAGUCCUGGCACUAUAGGUCUAAAUAGUCGUUUAAGUUUUUUGCCCCAUGUUAAAAAGGUAGUUUUAGUAAAAAAAAAAAAAAAAAGAUUAGAAUCGUCACAUGGUAUUUUACAGAAACUAGUCUGUCCAUUUCUUCAAAGCUAAUUUUAUUAUAUGUCUUAAGUCAACUUGUACUGGCUCAGAAAGGUCAAAAAGGUUAUAUGUAACAAGCUAUGCAAUUUUUGCUAAAACAGGUUUAUCACAGAACUGUCCCUUCUUAUUUCCCUAUCUCCAUUAACUCUAUUGAAGAGAUUAGCGUAGUGUGGGGUGUCGAUUUUGAGGCCCCUUUAAUAUAGGUGUGAUAAACGACACAGGCAAUCCACACUCCAUAGGGGGACAUUUAAAACAAACAAUAAAAACAUACCUGCACUGCACUAAUGCCAUCUGCACACAUGUGCGCUUGGGCAUCUACAGAGAAAAGUUUGGUUUUAUAAAUAUAUACAGAUCGGGUAAAUUACCCCAAAAGAAAAUGUGAAAAUAUAUUUAAACUCCAACCUGUUAAUGUCUAUAAUAACUAGUGACUGGGAAGGUAUUUAGCAGUUGCUUUAGGUAUUUGCUUAUAGUGACGCGAUUGCAACAAUAUUACUAUCCGUGUUUGACUUAUGUUACCUACUUCUUACAAAGUAGCAAAGGAAGUAGAAAAGAAACACUUAAAUUGUACCUAAAGCUCGGGGUUAAAUAGAUGCUAAAUAUUCAAGCAGCAGGCUGGUUAAGUUGUAGGUGAAUAUGGAUCUCUGCAGUCACCACCAAAUAGAUGUAUAUGCUUGAAUGGGGUAACUGAGUUUAUAAUACUAAAUUAAGCCUCACUCCGAUCCUGAGCUCUCUGCCUUCUAGAUCACCUAAUAAAACCUACAGAGUCAAAAGGCAUCUUUCCUAAACGGUGCUGAACUUAAAAAUGCUGAAUAGUAUGCCUUAAAGGUCACUUAUUCGAUAGUUACUAAAUAUUUAAGCAGCAGACUGAUUAAAUUAUAGGUAGAUAUGGAUCUCUGCAGCCACCACCAAAUAGAUGUAACAUAUGGUGGAAUAGGGCAACUCAUUCACAGUAUUUAAUUAAACGUCACUGCGAUCCUGACCUCUCUGCACGUAAUAAGUCCUCCAAAGUUCUGUGCCUUAAGAAGCAUCUUGCUGAAAUGAUGCUAAACUAAAACACCAAGUUCUGUGCUUUCGAGGCACCUUCAUGUGGCUCGGGUACUAGAGAAGGGUCACAGGUGUAAGAUUCCAAUGUUCCAGAGGGAGAGUGUAAAUAAAUAAAUAAUUAACUAAAGUAAACUAAACAACCAACAUUGUUCUCAACUGUCCAAAUGAAUAUCUCUCCCUGCUUGCAAUAAUUCAGGUGGCCCUUGGUCAUGAGCACAAUGCCCAGUCAAUGACAACGGAUAUCAUCUCAGUUGAAUGCGCUGAUUUGUAAAGCAGUGUGAUCUUCCGUCAGGUGAGAGCAUGCUUCAGACCAAUGGUUACCUAAAUGGCAGCACGCAAGGAAAAAAGGUUGUUGGACCUGCCAUGUAACUAACUGUGACGAAUUGCAAUUCUUAGUACAGAUGCUGGAAUCCAUGUUUCUGUUCUUCCUCAAAACUUUUUACAGAAAAAUGGUGGAUGAUGCCAAUAGACUCGGAGCACAAAAAUGACUAGUUGUAGUGUUUGUGAUUCUUAAGAUUGUCUGUUUCCCUUCAAUAAAAGCCAUUUAAAAUUUCUAGUUUUAUUUUUGAUUUACAACUCUGCCAUUUAAAAGUGGCAAUAUAACCUGUACUCCGUUAUUCAGGCACCAUAAAGUGGGUGGGGAGGAUGAACAUAAUUUAAAGAGUCACUCUAAGCACUGUAAUAGUUUGUCAUUAUUGAAAAAUUUAUGGUGCAGAGGGUGCAUCCAUUCUAAGCACUGAUUAUGGUUUGUAAGUGAAGCAACUUGUAAAAUUGAUAUAAGCCAGGCAGCUGGAAUGCUACUUUUCUGUGCUGCCUGUCUUAAUUUUGUAAAAGUUCUGCAUAAGGCAUGCUUAUUCCAAAUGUACAAUUUGGACUGAUCUUUGUUUGAGAGAGCAGAGCUGCAGCAUGUGUAAUUGGCCUCAUCUAAAGAUAUGUUCAAAUUCAGUACUCACUUAUGUGUUCCUGACACUUUUAUAUAAAUCCAACUGAAACCAUGCAUAAUUAAUUCAGGGCUUGACUAAAGGCAAGGUUUACAUUGCUGUCUGGUAACACCUCUAGUGACAGUCACUCAGACAGCCUUUAGAAGUGCUUCCUGGGUCAGUGGUACGUUCAUGCUCCCUAUAGGUAUGCAUUGAUUCAUGAGGAGCUGUUGAUUGCGCAGUAUGGUGUUUUGACAUGCACGCGCAAUUGUCUCUCAAUGUUUUUCUAUGGGGAAGCAUUGGAUUGAUUGAGAUCGUCAAGAUUGAUGAUCUCAGCCAUGGAGGUGGGGCCAGCCACGAUGUCACCAGCAUGGCGUGGGUAAAAGGGUGAGUCUGUCACCUAAACACAGACACGCACACUGCAACACUCACACUCAUUCACAAAUCAUUACUUUUUUUUAUUUUAAUUCCACCCAGCCUCCCUACCUUUGGAAAACCUGGAGUGAAUCAGCUGUCCCUGGAAUCCAGUGAGGCUGCAGUCAUCUCCCUGUUCUGCUCUCUAGAGCGCUGUGUAGUGAUGCAGGGACAGAAUGACGUCAUAUUACAGCUACCUCGCCACCACCGCGCUCAUUCAGCCUCCCUCCCUCAGCUCUAAAUGAGCUGACCGUCCUCCUGCCUGCCUCCAGCCCUGCGUGAGCCGACUGCUCACCUCUAAUCGCAGGCAGCCGGUCACCUCAGGGGCUGAACAGACUUACAAAUCCCAGUCGCCAGGACAAAUUUCCUGGUCGCCAUGGCGACCUAGUACCAAGGAUUUGUCGAUCCCUGAAUUAAAUGCAUAUAUGGUUUCAUAGGGAUAUAUCCACUAAAUAGUGAUAUUCUUAUUUAUUUAUUUUGGGUAGUGGUGUGUCCCUUCAAUACUUACUAGUGAGAUUUAAGAAUGCUGUUUGUAAUAUCAUAUGAAAAUACAGGGAUUUUUGUAUGUCAUGGAGUAUAAUCCAUCUGCAGUUUUUAUUUGUGAACAGUUUGUUUUUGUCUUUGUAACAUACCAAGCUGCUUGUUCUUUCAGGAAUGAUUGGUAUGUCUUGAAAUCUUCUACAUGUAUUGCACCUUUUAAGCGCAUUUAUUCCUGAUAGUUGGAAUUCCGCAUAACACAACUUUGAAUAUACUUGUUAAGAUUUCAGACUCCUAAUCUUUGCCAUGUGCAGUUCAUUGUUAAGCUGUUAUUCAGUGGUUGGCAUAAAAGUAUUUAUGAACUCAGCAGAUAUGAGUCUGUCUGACUUGUUUUCAGAAAAAAAUUGAGAUCAGUCUAUCUAGAAGAGCUACAUAAAUAAUAAAAAAAAAACAUUACUUGGAAUGGUGAAGAAUACGUUGACCAACAUUAGUGUCUCUGCUGAGAGUACUAGCUAUCACUGACUGCCACCCAGACUGGACACAAUUGACACUUCUAAUGCAUUGCUAAUGUUUAUCAGUGAGGAUGUUGAGGGUUGUGUUAAUUAAAUAUUAGGGAGAGCACAGUUUUUGUUCAGGAAACUAUUUCUAAAUGGCUUUAUAUUCAGAAGCUCUAGAACCACUGCACACAGCUGGAGAGGUUAUGUUUGCUAUAAUGUCUCUUUCCCAGAUAUAUACAUGGCAGCACUAGAGAUGGCUAUCCUCCAGUCCCCCCACUCCCAAAUUGAACAGGAACACCUCCUAAUUAAACAAAUAAAAGCGAGUUCUCUUCCCUACAUCAUUAGUCUUUUUUUCCUGUCCACUCACAUGGACAUAGGAUGUUUUUACAACUUGUCUUUUUCUUUUCUGGCUUACUCGGGUCUAAUAAUACCCCAGCCCAUGAGAAGUUCAGCCUGUCUCCCGAUGGAAGCCUCAGGACAUGGCGCCUCACCAAGGGCGACCCCCUGAAGGAUUCUAACCUUAGCGACCGGGGAGUCAUGCUACAGUGACCCUAUAGGUAGCAGCUGGAUGUGCCAGUACCCAUGAGGUGAUAAUUCCCAAGCAAGGUUACACCUACUUUAUUGAAGCCCUGGUUCUUCUGGCUUUUUUUCAAAGUAUUAUUGCUGGAAGAUAAAGGAUUGCAUUUCCUCUCCAUGAAGAAUGGGUUCUGAUGUUUAAUUCCUCAUCUGUGACUUUAUAGGCACCCAAACCACUUCAUCUAAUUGAAGAGGUCUGGGUGCACUGCCACUGUCUAUUUAACACUGCAGUGUAAAACAGAAACUGCAAUGAUUAUAUUGCCUGGUUUCUGGUCACUAACAGAGUUUAACUCAGUGAAAUAACGUUGGACAUCCUCAUGCUUUGCAUGAAGAUGUCAAAUCCGUUGCAAUUUCCCAUAGGAAGCGCUGGAUAAUGGGAAGUUUAAAAACAAAAAGGGGGGGGGGUGUGAGGUUUAACUGAAUGGGAAUGGGGAGCUACAAAACUAGGGACUAGCGACCCUUUACAGGUUUGUAUUCCUAACGCUAUAGUGCUCCUUUAAGAAUGUUCCCGUUUUUAUGUCUAGUAUGUGAGGACUGCUAAUUUUAACCCCUUAAGGACACAUGACAUGUGUGACAUGUCAUGAUUCCCUUUUAUUCCAGAAGUCUGGUCCUUAAGGGGUUAAAGGACCACUAAGUGCCAGGAAAACAUACUCGUUUUCCUGGCACUAUAGUGACCUGAGGGUGCCCCCCACCCUCAGGGUCCCCCUCCCACCGGGCUCGGGGGAGAGGAAGGGGUUAAACACUUACCCUUCUCCAGCGCCGGGCAGGGAGCUUUCCUCCUCCUCCUCCUUCUUCCUAGCAACGUCAGUGGCUGAAUGCGCAUGCGCGGCAGGAGCCGCGUGCGCAUUCAGCCAGUCUCAUAGGAAAGCAUUCAUAAUGCUUUCCUAUGGACGCUGGCGUCUUCUCAAUGUGUCUUUUCACAGUGAGAAGCACACAAGCGCCUCUAGCGGCUGUCAAUGAGACAGCCACUAGAGGCUUUAGAGGCUGGAUUAACCCUCAGUGUAAACAUAGCAGUUUCUCUGAAACUGCAAUGUUUAUCCUAUCUGGACCUGGCACCCAGACCGCUUCAUUAACCUGAAGUGGUCUGGGUGCCUAUAGUGGUCCUUUAAUUGUCGGAUGCCAGUUAUAUAUUAUUUUUUUUUUUUUUUUUUUUAAGCCCCAGUCGUCAGAAGAUUAUUCUAAUGCAUGCUCUCCCCAAUUUUGUCUUCUACGUUUUGGUGGCUAGUUCACCGCCAGCACAUUAAUGAUGUUAUUCAGUAGAGUAUAAAUCAUUUGGAAUUCAUAGUGAAGUUAAGGUUUUAGGCUAAAAUAGUCUAAUCUAGAAAGAAUAUAAUUGUGCAUUUUCAAUGAUUCACCCUUAAAAAAAAAUGUAAGCAAUUGUUAAUAUUUGGUUUUAAUUCAGUCAACUCUUAAGCGCAAAGUUAUUACAUUCUCCAAACCCAGUCAAGAAUAGAGUUAAACGGACACUGUAGGCACUAUAGCCACUUUGUGCCAUUAAAAUUAUACUAUCCAGAGUUGCCCCCUGCCAUCUUCUCAUUUUAAUGUUAAACCAAGUGACUCAAGGCAAUAUAACCACUUCAAUGAGAUUAAAUUAAAUGGUUAUAGCGCUUAGUGUCCAUGAAAACUCCUUGCAUUCCCUCCACAACUCUGCAUCUCCUAAUGUCUCUAUUUGGGAAUGCCCAUAGCUUUACACUGCCCCCAACUAUUAAUGACUUAAGGAGGAAUCUCCGGAAUCAACACACUUGGACCGCAACCAUUUUAUCUGGUAAAAAAAACAAAAUGUAUAUUCGAAAGAAAUCCAAAGGGGUUAUGAAUGCCCUAUUUUCUUCAUUAUUACCACACAGCACACUAAAUCCAAAUCUAAAUCAUACACGCACAAAUAGGGUAAGCAUUGGGUGGACCUGGAGCAUGACCUCUUUGGACAGAACUUUCCAUCCUUAUACAUCUGGCUCCCAGACAUCAUCGCAACAGUAGCUACAGAGAUAAGCAAGAUAAAAGACAGUUGCGAUAGACAAAUUGACAGCAAAGAUUCAUGAGGCUUCCAAACACUUCCAUAAAAUGUGGGAUCCCUAACUCAAUGAUCCUCAACUAACCCGAUAACACUAUUGAUGAAUAUGAUAUCUAGAUAUAAUGCUGUGGUAAAGACAGUUUUCACAUUAAAAAGCCUGCAGGGACAGGCUAUACGCACUAGAACCACUACAUUAAGCUGUAAUGGUUCUGGUGACUAUCGUUUCCCUUUUAAGAAUUGUAUUUUUGUUGUUUCAAGCAAAUUUGUCAAGUCCUGGUUAAAUUCAAAUGUAAAAUAAAUAUUCUCAAACUGUACAUAUGUCUGUAAUGAUUAAUACAAAUGACUGCUACAUUUGUCUUUCUACUGUGGUGAGCGCACUUAGUUGUAUUUGAAUGCAAGAUAUCUCAGUAUGUUUAAGAUAUAAAAUGUUCUUUGUUCUGCUAACUAGAAUCUGUAGAUGCUAUCCCCCGUUUUAAUUUCAAACCAUUUUUGGAAUGACUUGACAAAAAGUUAGGCUCCCAGUGACAGCCUGCUUUUUGGCUGAAUUGAUAACCCAUGUUUAACACAUUUGCAUUAUCACAGUCACUGUCAUCCAAUCUGAUGAAAUUGGUUUUCUAAGAGUGCUGGGCUGACCCGCAGAGUUGCAGAGCUUUGAGUGCAGGGGGAGUCAGUUAAUUGUGCCAGACCGUGUUAAAACUAUUUCACAAAGAACAGAUGAGAUUCAGUCGGAAUAUCCUUGGUCCAUAGCCACUUUAAGGUGUAGUGGAUGCAGUGCCCACUGUCCCUUCAAGGAUCUAAAAGCAAAUAUGGAUCUAGGAAAAACUGAUUAUAGGACAGUUUAAAGGCCCAGUGCUAGAUAUCAAUACUACUGACACUUUUGCAUCCGUAAGAGAUUAAUUGUAAUAACGUCAUGCUUGUCUGUAUAUAAAUAGUCAUCAAUGUUAUGUGUUUAAUUAUAAAUGUUUAAAUAUUGAAUAACUUGUUGUUAAUGUUAAUUUUUCAUUUUUUUUCCUUGGGGUGUGCUUUAGGUAUUCUUUGCGUAUGGCAUUAAGACACCAUCUGUUAUACAAUGAGUGGGGAGCCUAGUGCACUAGCAGUUGUUAACCAGCUGCGAGAUCUGGCUUCAGACCCUUUAAACCGAAGAGCCAUUGUACAAGACCAAGGCUGUCUCCCGGGCCUCAUUUUAUUCCUCGACCAUCCCAACCCUCCAGUCGUUUACUCAGCUUUACUGGUAAUAAUCUUAAUAAAAAUUUAUAUAGUAUUGUUGUUUGUACUAUAACGUCGUAAAACAAAUUAUACAUUAUAACAUUGCUAUCUGAAUACUGUGACCUUAUAAAAGUAUGAAAUAUCCUGCCUUACUAGGCUUACACAGCUCUGCAGCGAUUAUAGUCAAUAUUUUUUGGAAUAGGGUUGCUCAUGUAGAAUUGUCACUUUUGCGAAAGUGAGCAUUUAUCAUUCUCUCGCAGAAUAAACUCUAUUGAAAUGUUACGGGGUGAGUAGUACUGUGGAAAUUAAAAAACAAAAAACAAAGGAAUACUCGUUAUAUUUUCUAAAUUAAUGUAUUGAUUUUCAACAGAAGAGUUGCUUUUUUUUAGUUUAGAUUCAGGGUCUCCUUUGGUUUAAAAAAAUCCCCCAAAAAACAAUAAAACUUUAUUCCAGCACCGAACAGCCAAACUACAGCUACUCCAUCUCCCGUGUGUCUGGGGUGACAUCUUGACUCUAUGAUGCUCACAUACUCAGGCAUUUGAAGAGUGUAUACAUGUAAUACAUAAACAAUUUAAAAUUGCACACCCUAUAGGAUUCUAUUAUAUUAGAUUCAGGUUUGUGCAAAAACUCCAACGUGAUACUUUUUCUUUAUAGAACAGAUUGCCAUGACUGCAUAAAGUGAUGUUGGUCCUUAAACAAAACUUUUUGUCUAUUUAUUAAAUGAAUAUUAUAGGAUCAGGAACACACCAAACAUAUAUCCCUGACCCUAUAGUGUUAGAACCACCAUCUAGUCCCCCCUAAAUAUAGUAAAAUUGUACAUUUAAUCAAGUCUGCUGCUGGCUCUGACCCUGCUCUGCCUGCUUGGCUGACAUCAUCAGAAGUGUUGAUCUGGGCCAAUCACAAUUCUUUCCCAUAGGAAAGCAUUGGAUUGGCAGAGACUGUCAAAGAGGCAGCACAAGCCUAACACCGCUCUGGCCAAUUAUCUCCUCAUAGAGAUGCAUUGAACUUUCCUCGUGAAGAUUAAUUGAUUCAGUGUCUCCAUGCACAGGGUGGAGACACUGAAUGGUAGUGCUGCCUCAGGAAGCACCUUUAGUAGCUGUCAGUGGAGUGGCCACUGGAGGUAUCACUAGGCUGUAAUGUAAACCCACGACCUAUUCUGCUAGCACUCCUUUCAGAUUCCACAAUUAUGUCACAUUUUAAAAAUAAAUCUCAAAACCUCUCUUGUAAUGGUUGGUCAGAGAUUCCAGGACAAUUUUAUAAUAAGCUGGCUAUGAAACCUAUUUGCUCAAGCUGUAGUGGUUAUGGAGCUUGGAGUUUUAAACUUAAGAAGCGCUUUCAUAUUUUUAUAUUAUUUAUAAUUAUUAAAAUAGACAGCCUGUCGUAGUCUGUGUAUGUAUUUAAAUGUCUUAGUCUGUAAAUGUCUUUUCAGUACAUCUCCUAGUCAACCCUUGCUUUAUGGUAGUAGCCAUCUUAAAGUCGAUUGAAAACAACUAGCUUAUCCAACCACAGGUAUUGAAGACCUAGUCUAUUAUGAUUUAUGCCAUCAUGCUCAUAUGACUGGUUUCUCAAGUAUGCACUUAGGAUUGUUUGAGACCUUUAAAUUAAUUGUCUGAGAAGAUAAGGAAUGCUUCAACCCAAAGAGAACUGAAAGAUGGUUACCCCCCAGUGCAAGGGUAAGCCAGGAGAUGCAUUAAAAAGAGUGAUUGUGGUUUUGUAUGCCAUCCAUUUUUCGUUCAGUUGUUUAUUCAAAUAAUUUUUUUGUUUUAGGCUCUCCGUUAUUUAGCAGAAUGCCGCGCAAACAGAGAAAAGAUGAGAAGCGAACUGGGCAUGAUGUUAAGUCUACAAAAUCUUAUACAAAAGUAAGUGAAAUGCCUUGUUCUUAUAGAGCAAGGAUUAGUCUCUUGGAAUCAUGUAAAAUUGACACGGGAACUGCAAAUUAUAAGCCAAAAUUCUGUGAAUUUAGUCAAUAAAGCUUUAAGUCUAAAGUCUUAAAGUAGCACUGUACUGUGUUCAGAAAGUUCCUUCUUGAAGUGUGAUUAUUCAGUAAAAUUAGUCAAGGAAAUUAUUUGGGCAGACUUUAAGAGGUUGAAGGCCUGUAUGUAAAACCUUUUAGCCCCAGGAUAAUUACCUUUUAUUUCUUUAAAUAUGGCAAGAGAAUAGCUACUGUAAAUGGAAAGGCUUCACAGAAAUGUGAUGUUUAGGAAGGUACAGUAAUGCAUUACGAGAUAGUCAUGAAAUUUUGCUGGUACAUAUUCUGCUAGUAUAUUAAUGAAACAGGACAACACCGGGGCUAUGUUUCUCCACUCAUUCUCUUAAACUUAUUUAGGUGUGGGCACAAAAACAUAACGUCAUGGCUAGUGUCAUUUCCUCAUAUUAAAAAUUAGAUCUCAUUGUUCGAUGCUGCCAUGCCAUAAGACCAGGGUGGUGGUCACUAUUUUAAACCACUUUUGUAACAUCAUUGCAGCUUGGAGUUCAUUGUAAAUAAACCAUAUCAUGUAGAAUGUGCCUUCAACCUUGUAAUAACUUUGCACGGACUAAGAAGAAGAGAGCAAUUCUUGGUUCCAACCAAUACAUUACUUUGAUAAAUCGUCUAUGGAUUUGACUUUUCGCAUAUGGAAGUCAUGUUGUUGUCACCGGAAUACGACAAUUAUUAAAAUAUGCACAACUAAGGAGUUUUCUUAUAUGGAAGUCAUUCAAUUGUCAUUUAGAUAUGGCAAUCAUUUUAAUGUGCCUUAGUAAAGAUAAUUAGCUGUGACUUUUUUUAUUCCUGAGAAAAGCUGUGGACAAUGUUGUCUUGCAUGUAUCUCUGGGCCUUACUGCUUCCUGAGACAUUUAUGAGAAGUGACUUUACUCUAACCUGAUAAUUAAGAUCUCUCCAUUGAAGUGUGAUUUCUGCAUAUCGAAGCAAAAUAUAAAGAAAAUAUUGAAUGGUUGAGUCCUGUCCACCACAUCCGCAUCGGAUUAUGCCUGAUUUAGUUAUCUACUUUUUGUUAACAGUAUUACUUAGUGAAUUCUCAACCUUUAUAGUUAGCAUUUCUCCGGGUUUUUGAGAAACCACUUAUACAUGGGGGAAAUGUCAGAAUUGUACUGCUUGAUAAAGAAAUUCUUUAAAAUACAUUAAUCCUGGAAAUCCAAUGUUUCUCAUAACACAGCAAAACAGGAUGCUAUUCCAAUCUAUUGCUUUUACCAGCAGCAUUUAAUUCUCAAAUUGCGUUUCACUUGAGGUGGAGGUGCCUCUAGUUGGCUAUCAAAAAGACAGUCACUAGAGAUGGAUUUUACACAGCAAUGUAAACAUUGCAACUUAUAAAAAAAAAGAACUGCAAUGUUUUACAAUGCAGGGUUAAAAAUGACAGCAUCACUGCACCCAGACAUCCUAAUAGCGAUGGGGUGGUUUGGGUGACUAUAGUGCUUUUUUAAAAGAGCAAGUGCAAGCUAUUUACAUCAACACAUAGGGACCUAUAACCAAACAUGAAAGGGACAUUCAAACCACUAUACACGUCCCGUUGUACUGUAAUGGCAUUUGUUUCUUGAGAUUGCAUUGUUAGUUCUUGAGUUCCACAUCUGCUUCAAGACCAAGUGCAAAGUGUAGUGGUUAAUUAAAAAUGUUCACUUUGGAUAAGAAUAGAAAUUGGAGCCCUGAGGGUUUGAAUUUCUCUUUAAUCUGUUUAAUUAAUAACCUUGAAAUGGGCAUCAAAUGUCUUGUGUCAGUGUAAUGAAAACAAAACUAGGUGAGGUUAUACAUUUGGAAUUGAUAAACCACUUAUCCCUUAAAGCAAGCAUGUCACACUUGUGGGCCACAUGCAGCCCACAAUGAAUAUCUUUGUGGCCCGGCAGGCUGCAAGUUUGACAUGCUUACUAAGGCAGAGUAGGCAUCUGCUCUCCCCACAUUGCAGGUGCCUACUCUGCUAAAAUUUACCUGGCCGGGGAGGAGAGGUCGCUGGCGGCAGCGAGGGAGCUCAGUCUUCCUGCUCCUCACUGUUCCCUCGCACGCGCCCUUUGUGGUGGUGCCGGAAUAUGACAUGCCGACAUCACUAAACUGCGCGCAUGAGGGUGCAGUGAGGAGCAGGUAGGAGACCUCCCAACAGAAGAUCUCCACUUGACCCCACACCAGCUUCCUAAAGUAGGGAGCAAUAAAUAAAAUGAUUUGAGUGUGUGUGUAUGUCUGUCAGAGUGUGUGUUUGUGUUGGUCAGUGUUGCAAUGGCCACGGCUGGACAUUGGAGGUGCACGCAGGUAUGCAGCGUCACAUCCCAUUCCGACGUGACGUCGCCGUGCUCCACCUUCAGAGGGUUUAAAGGCGUAGCAGAAGGAUGCGCUUAGGCACCGUGUGUGGACGGUGCCAUUAGGGGUAUACCAGAGGCUGGACUCCAGAGUCACAUGCUGGCAGUGGCAAUGUGAGUGGAGUCUGCUUGUUGGCUAAUAUUGUUUUUUGUUUUGUUUUGUUUUUUUAAAACAAGGGCUGGGUUUUUUGUCGAAGGGGGGGGACUGGGAGUUGGUAUAGAGAGGGGGGACUAGGGUUUAGUAGAGGGGGACGCUGUUUAUAUAUAUACACGCACACACACGCUGUACUUUUCAAAACAAACCUUUGUUUCUAUGAAAAUGUUGUUGUUUUUUUUGCGGCCCACAUACACUUAAACCUUGUUUAUUUGGCCUUUGCCAGCCUUUUAGUUUAACAUGCUUGCCUUAAAGGGUACCUGUUAUGACAAAUAGAACUCAAACUUAAAUGAUAGAGAAACAAAUUUCAUCUAUACAUAUUGCUUGCAAAUGUCUAGAUUUCUAUAAAAUCAGAAGUUAACAGCCCUUAUCCCUCCUCUGUGCCAACUAGCAGAGAGAUAAUAAGGCUGCGCUCUGAAUGUUUGGUAUCAGGGAAGCUUUCCUCCUGGCUUGUCAUCUGAAAUUCAACCUGAAGGAAAGUAAUGUCUGCAACGGGAAGUAGGGAGGAGGGGCAGGCUCUGUGUGAGAGCAGAACAGAGAUAGGAGAGAAACAGCCAGAAUAAUGUUUUGCAGCAGCUUUGGACAGGCAAUGAGAGAGAGAGAAAACAGGAUGAAUUUACACAGAGCCAACAUAAAGUUUUAAGGAUUUUUAUACCUGUUAUGGGAAGCAAGUCUGUGCUUCCCAAUCAAGCGUAUGGAGGGGGUGUGUGUCUUACAGUCACUGAAACUUGAUUGAUGGUCUCAGCAGGAGAUAGGUGAAAUGGAAAUAAAUAAAAACAUGAACUUUUAAUAGUAUUAAGGGAAAAAUCAAUUAAUUGUAUAAUAUGAGCCAAACCAGGUGGUUAGAAAACUGCAAACCUAUAUCUGUCAGGACAGAUUCACAUUAAAGUGAAACUAUGCUGACCGAUAUCGGUUUACAGGACCUAUCUGGGUUAUAUGUGAAUGCCACUUGGCUAAUAACAGAUGAAGCAAAAAAAUGGAAUUCAGGCCAACUUGGAAGUCUUGAUAUUUUUAGAGAUUUUUUUUUUUAACUGCUGUUUAGUUACCUUACUCAUAAUGUUUGUAUUCAUAAGCAACAAUGUCCUUCACAACAAGAGGACCUAGUCUUAAGUUAGAGAGGCAAAGGUUUAAAAUUAAUAUCAGGAAGUAUUAUUUUACUGAGUGGGUAGUGGAUGCAUGGAAUAGCCUUCCAACUGAAGUCAUAGCAGUUAACACAGUGAAGGAGUUUAUAGGACCACUAUAGGCACCCAGACCACUUCAGCUUAAUAAAGUGGUCUGGGUGCCUGGUCCAGCAAGGGUUUUUUGUUUUUUUAAAAAACAUAGCAGUUUCAGAGAAACUGCUAUGUUUAUAAAUGGGGUUAAUCCAGCCUCUAAAGCCUCUAGUGGCUGUCUCAUUGACAGCCGCUAGAGGCGUUUGCGUGUUUCUCAUUAUGAAUGCUUUCCUAUGAGACUGGCUGAAUGUGCGCGCAGCUCCUGCCGCGCAUGCGCAUUCAGCCGAAGAGUAGGAGAGCUCCCCGCCAGGCGCUGGAGAAAGAAGUAAGUUUAACCCCUUCCUCUCCCCAGACCCUGGUGGGAGGGGGACCCUGAGGGUGGGGGCACCUGUCAUGCCAAAAGCACGAUUUGUUGUUUGAUGUAUUGAUAUAUGUUAAGAGUUGGGUUUUUUUUUUUGUAAACCUUGGGAUGACAUUUAUUGUGGUCUUUGAUCUGGCACCAGGCCUAGACCAUAAAACAUCUAGAUAGCCAUCACCAGAGCUGGACACAAGGAAUUGCAUAAAGUGGGCAAUAAACUGCCAGACCAACCCCCUCUGAUUUCUCCCCCUCCCCCCCAGAGAAUUAUUCAUUUUUUUCCUUUGGUCAGCAACUUCUAGGAGGCCUAUACCAUCUAAGACUCCCACAAGAAUUCUAUAUGGGGUAAAUACAUGUAAGGAAUUUCUUGUGUUUUCUCCUAUUUUAUAUCAUGUACUGUUUUGCAAUUUGUUGUCUGUAUGUCUUUUAUUUCUGUAUUUUGUACUCAGCACUGUGAAUCUUUUUUGUUAGAUUAAAUGUUUACUUAAUCAGCUUGUGUCUCUGUUCUCUAUGAGCUUCACUCUCCAGAGGAAAGCUCAGAUAAACACGUUACCAAAAUGGGCUAACUAUAUGUGUUUUAUAGAAUCACAGUUCUACUUUUAUUGAUAAUUCUCCUGUGUGUGGGGUAACCUAAGACACCCGGGUUUAAAGUCUUGGUGGUGGCAGUAAAGUGUGUACUAGGGGGUUAGUGUAGAAGGGAUUGCAGGGGUUAAUUGAGUGGUUGCUGGGACUAGCAACAGGUAACCAGGGGUCUGGUGUCAUUAACCCUUCCACACUCUCCCCACUGUCUCGGCUGGGCCUAUAGCCCACGCUCGUGACAGCACCCUCAGGUCACUAUAGUGCCAGGAAAACUAGUAUGUUUUCCUGGCACUAUAGUAGUCCUUUAAGCAUGUGUGGGAUAGGCAUAAGGUUACCCUAGAUAUAAGAUAAGACCAGGGACUAAUGAAAGCAUUUAGAAAAUUCUGCAGACUACAUGGGCUGAAUGGUUCUUAUCUGCCAUCACAUUCUGUGUUUCUAUUAUGUUCUGCUUAUUUUCAAUUUGAGUUCACAAUACGUUUGUGAAAUCACACUACCAUUCCCAUAUGACGUCACUGUUCUAUUACCGCAGAGAAUGCAUGUCCGUGACCUUGCUGCAAUUGACGAUGCUAAAAGGGACAAAGAGAACGUCUGGUUAAAUAGCCAUUUAUCGUAUCUAAUGGAAGGUUAAAAGAUCACAUACACUCCUUCUGCUUUUGAUACCUUAACGCCAAAAAGAACUACUUGUUACUUUUUAAGCUGCCUCAACUAAUUUAUGAUUUAUAAAGAGUACAUCUAUUUUGCUUCUUUCCCGAAGCUAGCAAAAGAAUACAUUAACUCUUUACAAUCUCCUUGAAGAGCUUGCUUGGCUGAACACGCUUGUAGAAUUUUUUUUAUUUCAUAUUUUUUUUUAUUUAUUUUUUUGCAAGCCCCCUGGUAAUGAAGGGCUAAUCUGGCUUUAACAAGGAAACUAAACUUUAAAGACAUUUAUGUUAUGUCAACUUGAGAACUCUUUGUCAGCAGAAACAUAAAAUGUCAAGUCUGACUUCUAGUCAAGCUUAAAGACAUAUUUACUUGACUUCUUAGCAGACAGAAAGUGACACAGUACACAGUUCCAUGCGAAAAUAACACUGAGUGCAUACGAUGCUGAACAUAAUAGAGAGCUGAGUAGUUUGUCAGUGCUGGUAUUUAUGCAUGCUUCACACAUUUUAAUGUGUCCAUAUGAACUACAUUAAAACUAGCAGCUUCAACUGUUGUUUAAUAAUUGAAUUUUUAUGGCCUGUACUAAAGUACGUUUAUUCCUUUUGGCAAUGUUUUUGUUUUGUGGUAUAUUGCAAAGGCCAAACUCUUUUUCCUUUCCUUUCCUUUUUUUGUAUUUUUCCCUGAUUUUUAAGGAGGAUCUAAUUUUAAAGUCCAAAGUUGGUUCUGCAAAUCAUAUUGAUCUGUUGGGAAGAAUAUUAGUCUUUUGUUUUCCUUCCUUUCUUAAAUUAACUUUCAUUAACAAGCUAGACCAUAUUCUGUUCUUCCGUAUUAGUGUUCUCAUAAAAUGAUUAGGGCAAUUAAUGUAUGUUUAAUUAUCAGAUGUCCCUUAAAGGUACAAAGUGUAUCUUGUUAAUAAUAGAAUUGAAAGGCACCAAUUUUCUCUGGCACCUAAUUUUUGUGCAAUUUACAUUUUUGUUUUUUUCUUAAGUCAUUUUCAAAAUGUCUUUUAUUUGAUCUUAAGUUUGAGCUUGUAUAUUUAAAUUGCAGUGCAGUGGCAUCUUGUAAUAUUAAAUUGCAGAACCUUUCGAUGUACGUGUGUGUGUGUGUGUGUAUGUAUGUAUAUGUGUGUGUAUAUAUAUGUGUGUGUGUUUACUGGUCCGUCUUAUGGAAAUGGAAUGGUGACACACUGUGGACAAUAAUCUUUAAACUACGAGUAAAUGUAUAGGUUAUUAGUUAAUUAUAUAUUAUUAUUUAAUAGUGCACUUAAAAUAAUCUGUCUUUCUGCCUUUACUUUUUUUUCCUGUUGAUCUUCCCAUUGAUUACAUUUUCAAAAUUAGAGAGGGAAAUGGUGCAUUCUCAGUUUAAAGGUUUAUAAUUUAAACAAAAAGGAUAAUCAUGAAACCUGCUUACCUGUCUUAGAAAUACCACCAACCUGAGAAAAGGGAGAAACAUUUGUUGACAUAAGAAAUACAAAAUAGAAAGGGAAAAUAAAGAGGAGCAGUAAGGAAUGUUAUUGUACAAACAAAAAACACUAGAAAACCAGCCUAAAAAUUAAACAGUGACACUUUUUAUACAUCACCUCCAAUGUCUUCAUAAAAUUUCAUGUACCCACGAACUGUCAAAUUUAAAGUCGGUGACCUUUUUGCAAGUGGCAAGUGAAAUCUUUUUAGCAUCGAACACUCCUUCUCCCUAAUUUGGUGUAUUACAUUUGGCUUGUAUGCACUCCAUGGCAUAAUUACUUCAGAUUGUAAUUUAAAACAUUAGCAAGGAAAAAACAAAAUAAAGUACACAUUGUGUUAUGUCUACCGAAUUUGAUAGUAAAUAAAUUAUGAUCCCCGUUGUAUUUGGCUUUUUGUUUUUAAAUCUAUGUACUUUUUUUUUUUAGAACUACAACACCAGGAGACACUCAAAACCUUGCUACUGAGGUGUAUGACCUACUUCAGUCAUCCAGUACAGCAGAUGGCGAUUGUGUGAAUGAAAUGAACUCACGACGGCGGAAAGCACAAUUUUUCUUAGGAGCUACAAAUAAACGUGCCAAAACUGUGGUCUUGCAUAUUGACGGCCUUGAUGAUACGGUAAGAGCUAAAUCAUUGCAGAUCCAGCAUAAAAGGAAACUCUAAGAAUUAAAAGAAUAUUCACCUACUGAAGCAGUUUUAGUGUGUAGAUCAUGUCCCUACAGUCUCAGGGUUCAAUUCUUUGUCACUUGGCAUUAAACUACUCUUGUCUCUGUUUAUGCAGUCCUGGACACACCUCGUCUGGCUGUGAAUCCCACAGCCUCCAUGAAAAAAAUUGUGUUGAUCAGAUCUUCUAGCACCAUAUGUUUACUUUAAAAGUUCUUAUCUCUUGCUCUGUUAAUUAAAAUGUAAAAACACACAUGGGGGCUGUUGCAGGCUUUAGCAACAGAACAAAACAGACUAGGAAUUUCUAAAUUAAGCACACUGUGCAAUUCUAUAUAAUGAUGCAUUGAAAACCUUUUAAAGUGCAAAUAUGCAAAGAGCAUUAUUCAUACUAUGUGCUUACAAAAUGCCACUCUUAGUACAAAUGAAAGUGCCAAUGAUAAAUAUACUUAUGUUCAGUUCAAGUGUGUAUUUUUUUUUUUUUUUUCUACAAAAAAAAUAAAUAGAAAAAUACAUAUAUACAUUUUGCGUGCAAUUUGUGGAAGUUAUUUUCCUUUACUUACCUUUAUGUUGAGCAUAGUUAAAACUAUACAUAUCUCCUAAUGUCCAUGAUGUUGUGAAAAGAGAAGAAAACCUAGGGGGGCCCAAUAGUUUUACACCUUUAUUUUGAUAUAAAAACAAUAAUAAAUGCUUACGGAAAAUCCUCACAAACUCUCAAUGAAAAUGCCAGCUCAUGUGGAUAGAAUAGACAUGCCUCAAUUGACGUCUGCUGUGAUGCGUUUUGCCAAACCAUGUGGGUUUCCUCUGAAUUGGUUAUUGUUCACAUUGUUUAAGCACGGAGUGUGGAGAGUAUGCAGCUGAAACCCAAGUGUGCGCAUUAUUAGUCAAGCUCCUCUCAUUUUUUGUUGGUUUAUUGAUCUGUUACCUGUUCCAUUGUUUACAAGAGACCAGCAUGGUGAUUAGUGAUUUUAUAACCGCAUUACUCCCAUACAGGAAAUUGUGCAGUUGUUCAUGCCUGUAGCUGAUCUCCGUAUUCUGGAAUGAUUGUAUAAUCCCUAGUGAAACAGAACUAUUAGGUAAAUUGUGAGUCCCUUGGCAAUAAAUCACAUUUAAAAACAAACCUGUUUUUAAAAGUUUGCUGUAGUGGUUUUUGUGUUUAGGUUAUCUCUUCAAAGGUGCUUAGCGCAUUUUGUUGGACUUGUUGAUGAUCUGGAGUAACUGGGGACUGUGUAUUAAUUAUUACUGACAGGACUGGUUCCUGUAACCACUCUUUCACUUGCUCACUAGGCUAACAACAAUAUUACAAAAUUGAUGGGUCUACGUUGCACAAUUUGCCUUAAUCUAUUUAUAUGAAAAAUGUAUGAUUGAUUUAUUGAAAUUUUCUGUACGGCUGUACUGAUAGGUUAAACUUUGAAUGGAAGUGAUUAUCAGAAAAACCUUUUAUUUUAGUAUAGCAAAAUACACCAGUCUUACCCCCCCCCCUCCCCCCUCAUAUGAAAUUCCAAUAAAUAAAUAUCACAUGGAGGGAAAUGACAUUGACUUUCUCUACAUCAUAAUGUAGUGCAUACGAUCUAACAAUGGGAGAUAUGGCCUCCUUGUGAAGUCUAGUCUGAAAAGGAGACAUGUUAGCCUGUCUAGCCCCUUCUCAGCUCUCUGAACAUUGAUUUAUAACAUGAGAUUAUGAAGUGCUCAUUCUGCACUGAUUAGGGGCUGGACUUGAACACCAGGCAACAAACCUGAAAUUUAAGAACAGAAUCCCAAAGUCAGCUUAUUCUGUUCAAACCUAGGACAGUUGUGAGGUAUGUAUGGUGUAUAAGACGUAUGGUGCACACACAAAGCAGUAGCUAGUAACAACGCAAAUAUAAAGCACCUUCCACUGUUACACAAUACUUGCAUCUUUCCCUGUAACUAGUAAGCAGUCACAAAGCCCCUUGCACUCUCUCACACAUUGUUUGUGCUCUGUGCUGUCAUCGAUACUUAAAUCCAAAUCUUGUUCCGCUCACUGCCCUGUCACUUACACAACUGCUUACUAUACUUGCACUGUCACUCGGACACUGCACAUUUUAUCCUGCACUGUCACUCUCACCACUGCUCACUGUGCCCAACACUGUCACUCACCACUGCUCACUGUGCCCAACACACUCACUCACCACUGCUCACUGUGCCCAACACUGUCACUCACCACUGCUCACUGUGCCCAACACACUCACUCACCACUGCUCACUGUGCCCAACACACUCACUCACCACUGCUCACUGUGCCCAACACUGUCACUCACCACUGCUCACUGUGCCCAACACUGUCACUCACCACUGCUCACUGUGCCCAACACUGUCACUCACCACUGCUCACUGUGCCUAACACCGUCACUCACCACUGCUCACUGUGCCUAACACCGUCACUCACCACUGCUCACUGUGCCCUGCACACUCACUCUCACCACUGCUCACUGUGCCCUGCACACUCACUCUCACCAUUGCUCACUGUGCCUAACACUGUCACUCUCACUACUGCUCACUGCACUCUGCACUGUCAGGAUUCUCAUCACCCUGCACUGUCGCUCUCACCACUGCUCACUGUGGCUAACACUGUCACUCUCAUCACGCUCACUGCGCCCUGCACUGUUGCUCUCACCAAUGCUCACUGUGCCUAACACUGUCACUCUCACCACUGCUCACUGUGCCUAGCACACUCACUCUCACCACUGCUCACUGUGCCUAGCACACUCACUCUCACCACUGCUCACUGUGCCCUGCACUGUCACUCUUACUACUGCUCACUGCACUCUGUACUGUCAGGAUUCUCAUCACGCUCACUGCGCCCUGCACUGUCAGGAUUCUCAUCACGCUCACUGCGCCCUGCACUGUCAGGAUUCUCAUCACGCUCACUGCGCCCUGCACUGUCAGGAUUCUCAUCAUGCUCACUGCACCCUGCACUGUCAGGAUACUCACUGCUCGCUGUAGCCAGUACUGUCAUUCUCACCACACCCACUGCGCCCUGCACUGUAAUUUUCACCACGUGCACUGUCAGGAUACUCACUGUUUGCUGUUCCCUGCACUGUCACCAUCAGACAAUUCACUGUAACUUGCACUCCCGUUUACUUAAAUCGGGAUUGGAAAGUAACUUUUUAACUUUACCUGUUCACUUCAGGUAUUGGGGCUGAAAAUUUAUUUUGUUAAUUUACCAGCAUCUGAGGAGUUAGAAACAAGUCACUAUAUGGUGCAUCUUAUCUGCACAUUGCUGAAGGGUUACAGCAUCUGCUUUGAUGGAUUCCGUCAGUUUGCAUACAAGGUGCUUGAUAAGUAGGGACCCAAACACUAACUGCCUGGCAAUGAGCACUUCAGUCAAUCAAAGCUUAACCAAGGGGAAAUGCAUUUCUUAUCAUAUGGAGCAAACAACUCUGGGCUUUUCAGCAAUGUCUCCUUAUGAUUUACAGUUUAUUUUAUCCACAUGGAUUUAUUUUUUUUAUUGUGUAAGCAUUCUACCUUAUAGUCACAAGCAGAACACACGUCAAGGUCGCUUUCGGUUUAACAAAGCAUUCAUUUAUCUUGUGUUAACAGUUUUGCUUCCACAGGCAAUUUUUAUUUUUUUUGUUUUUGUGUGCAUCAAGACGUUCUGUGUUUGCCUUCACUUCACUUCGUAUUAUAAUUCUUCUAUACCAAUAGUUACUUUUGACAGCAAUCUGAAUUGCAUACAUGGGAUUAACAUAAUGAUCAAUUCUUUAAUGGCAAAAAUUGUGGCACUUCUAUAGAUUAACAAUUAUAUUUCUGUGGGUUUUUGUUUUGUUUUGUCACUCAACAUUUUGAUUGAGUAUACAAAAAUACUAUAUAAAGAACACAACAUAAUAUCAUUUUAUAUAUAGGGUACAGAGAGUCAAGUCCCACAAUCAGCAACAGAAGUACAAUGAAAGGCCACAGAAAGCUAAGCAGUUAUACAGAUUAUACCUCUUCUGGUAACCAAGAUGCCAACUAACACUGGAUUUUCACUUGCUAAACCACUGGAAUAGAGGGAUCAGCAAAUAUGAGUACAGACAUAGUAUGGUGUAUAGAAAGGUAGUGAUGGCAAGACAAUGUAUGUUUGUCCAGAUUUAUGUAACUUCUGUACAAAAUGUCUGUGCUGACUCAGAGGGGAGACGGUAAGAUGAAUAAACAUUUAAUUUGUUUUAGUAUAUCUUCUAUGUAUACUUGACUUUAAAAAGAAAGGUAGGUACAGUAAGUGCAAUGUACCUGCAAACAUCGCUUGGCAUGCAAAUCUGCAUCUGUAGAACUAAAACCAUACAUAUUUUACAAUUGUUAUUCUCACUAAUUUUUGCUUGUGUGUCUUUAUAUAAUAUAUUUAUUCAUUGUAUUACAGUCUCGUAGGAGUCUUUGUGAAGAUGCCCUGCUAAAAAUCAAAGGAGUUAUUAGCUUUACAUUUCAAAUGGCAGUUCAGAGAUGUGUGGUACGAAUCCGGUCCGAUUUAAAAGCAGAGGUAAGAGAACAGUUAGCUAGGGUACUAUAUUCUGUACUUUUCCUACUAGUUGUCAAUUUAUAUAAUAUACACUAGCAUUUGUCUGACAAUGGUAUAGAACAGCAGCUAAUAUUUGAAAAAAACUGAGCGUUAGGGUCAGUUGCAAGGUGGGUGAGAUAAUAUUGUACAGGGUAACAGUAGAUAGUUCUUAAUAUCAGACUGUUUGUUUUCUACCGAAAUGAAGAACGAUCUACAGUUAUUUAUUAAAUGGAUACAAGUCUAACAUACAAUUUUCAUUUAAGGCAGAUAAAUGACACUAAAUAUCUCUCAUUUGAGUUUUUGGAACCUGUAGAGCAGGGGUUCCGAAUUAAUUUUUUCCGUGGAACCCUUUGACACACAGAUGCACAAUAUGUCAGAGUUUGUGUAUCUGUGUUUGUAUGUGCCAGUGUGUAUGAAUCUGACACACAGAUAUAUAUAUAUAUACACACACACACACACACACACGUGUCUGUGUGUCAAGGUUUAUGUAUCUGUGUUUGUAUGUGUCAGUGUGGAUCUGUGUGUGUAUCUGACUCACAGAUAUAUAUACACACAGACACACACAUCUUGACUCACAAAUACACACACAUGUACACAUACACUGACACAUACACAAACCUUGACACACAGAUACACAUACUUUUUGACACACACAUACGCUCUCACUGACACACACAUUUUUUUUUUUACAGACACACAUACAAACACAUAUACAUGUUCACUGACAAACACACAUAUACUCUUUGACACACACACAAACACAUACAAACUCACACAUACUAUUUUUUUGUUUUUGUUUGUUUGUUUUACUCCACCCAGCCCCCCUACCUGGGCAUGGAGUCUCUAUGUCUCUGUGGUCCAGUGGGGUAGCUGAGUGGCUGGCAUGUGGUCCCUGGGGGCUGCUGAGUGGCUGGCGUGCAGUCCCUGUGUCCAGUGGGGCUGCUGUGGUCCAGUGGGGCAGCUGAGUGGCUGGCAUGCCGUCCCUGGGGUCCAGUGGGGCUGCUGGCGUGCGGGCGGCAAGGGAGCAGUGAUCUCCCUGCUCAGCUCCCUUGCGCGCCUCUCAGUGAUGCCGGAGCUGGAGUGUCAUCAUAUUCCGCACAAGGGAGCGGAGCAGGGAGAUCACUGCCCACUGCUCCCUCACCGCCUGCAGCCAUUUUGUUUUUAGACAUUUUGGCAGAACCCCAGUUGUGUUCUCACGGAACACCAAUUGGGAAACACUGCUGUAGAGGAAAGUCAAUAUACGUGGGAUGGGAAAUAAAAGCAGUUACAAUAAACACAAUUGUGUUUCAGAGUCAGCAAAGAUGGGCAUUUCAUGUGCAUGUGUACCAAUACCCUACUGACCAAAGUUUCCUUGUGCACAGUUCACAUGUGUUAUUUAGUUCAGCUUCUGAGGUUUGUACAAAUUUAAAUACUUCUAUGUAACAACAUAAUUCUACCCCCUUAUUUAUUACCAAAGUGUAUAGUAAUCUGUUCCUGAAAACUUAACGUGUCUGUUUCUUUUGUCCCAGGCUUUAGCUUCUGCGAUUGCAUCCACCAAAGUAAUGAAGGCUCAGCAGGUUGUGAAAGGUGAUGAGGGUGAAGAGGUAGGAUUUCACUUGUUGUUGCUUUUUUUUUUUUUUUUCUCCCAAGAAGUAAUUGGCCAAAGUGAUUACUUUUUCACUGUCAAUGUUCCCUGUAUGUCCAGUGAUAGCAGUGCAUUCUAAGUGGAGUACCAACCCCACGCAUACUAAUGUUAUAGGAAGUGAGGCAUUUCUUAACCAAUCAGUGAUUUGGUUAAUACAUGAAAUGCCUGUUCAAACCUUGCACUUGCAACAGAAAGAAAAUGUGUUUUGAUUUGUACAUUGAAUGUUGUUGAUGGUAAUUUAAACCAUUCGCCGUUUGCCACAUAUAAAGCAACAUUUCUUUAACAAUAAUACCUGCUACCUCCAUGUCAAAAUAUGUGGUGACUUCAUACUCCCUUUUUUGAUCACUAGAGAUGUUUAUUGUUAAAGCUAUAACAGAAAUGAAAAUAUGGAAGUAGGGAAUCAUAUUAUGGGAGGAUGAAAUGCUUGUUCGUUUAAUAAUAUAUUGCGAUUCUUUUCAUUCAUAAUCCUUUACAAGAAUUCCAGACAGAAGGCUCAUAUUGCGUCAUAUCUAAAUUUACUCCAUUAUUUAAUAUGUGCCAGAAAAUGAAGAUUUUGUUUUAAAAUAAUAAAAUAUAGUAUAUUGGAUUAAUCUGAUUAAAGGAACACACUAUAGGGUCAAGAACACAAAUAUGUAUUUCUGACCCUAUUGUGUUAAAACAACAAUUUAGCCCACCUGUUUGCCUCUGAAACUGCCUGUGUUUGCUAACAUCUUCAGAAGUUUUGGUCUGAGACAAUCACAAUGCUUCCUUAUAAGUUUGGCUGAGACUGUCAAGGGGGCAGAGCCAGCACAAGCCAAACACAUCCCUGGCCAAUCAGCAUCUCCUCAUAGAGAUUUAUUGAAUCAAUUAAUCUCUGAGGAAAGUUUAGUGUCUGCAUGCAGAGGGUGGAGAGAUUGAAUGGCAGUUCUGCUUACUCUGCAGCACUGCCACAGGAAGCACCUCUAGCAGCCAUCUGAGGAGUGGCCAGUGAAGUUAUCACUAGGCUGUAAUGUAAACACUGCAUUUUCUCUGAAAAGACUGUGUUUACAGCAAAAAGCCUGAAGGUAAUGAUUCUACUCACCAGAACAAAUUCAAUAAGCUGUAAUUGUUCUGGUGACCAUCUGAGCAUCAACAAUAAUGGGAGGGUUUGCCUUCCAUUAGGCUGCUACUACUGUGAAUUUCUAUUGGUAUUGGUGAAUAUGUAAUGUAUCGCUACAUUGUGUAUCAUGUUUGUAUCAUGUUUGGAUUUUUAUACAUGUAACCACACACUGCCUCCUGAACAACUUGUAUUUUCUUAAAUAAAUAUACACUUGUCAUCUGGAUUUAAUUUCAAUAUAAAAAUGUAACAAAGCGUAAAGCUUUGUCUUUAUUGCAUUUGAUUAUGUAUCAGAUUUAUUUGUUACAUUAUUACAUAUAUUAUGUUAUGCAGGGAAUUCAUGAAUAACUAGGCAGGUUCAUUCCCAUCAUGGCUAACUGUGGCACUUCAGAUAUUUAUAAACCACAUUUACCCUGUUGCUCAGUCAGCCUGUGGAUUGGUAGAAAAGUAACCCAACAUCUGCAGUUGCCAAUGUUUGACAGUCCCAACUUCUAUAUAUUUUCAACAAUUAUAAUCCUUCAACACUCUCUAUUUAUUCUGGUAGAAUUCCCCUUCUUUAGCAUCAGGAGGGUGCUAUCGAGCAGAUAUGUUAAAUAAGCUGGAUAUUAUGUGCUGGCAUAGCAUCUCUAGGGACCAGCUUGGGCUGUGGUGACAGCAUGCAAAGCUUAAAGGGACACUAUAGUCACCAGAACAACUACAGCUUAUUGAAUUUGUUCUGGUGAGUAGAAUAAUUACUUUCAGGCUUUUUGCUGUAAACACUGUCUUUUCAGAGAAAAUGCAGUGUUUACAUUACAGCCUAGUGAUAAUUUCACUGGCCACUCCUUAGAUGGCUGUUAGAGAUCCUUCCUGGGUCAUGUCUGCCUGAAAUGCAUCCAAACAUUCGGUGUCUCCUCCCACUGCAUGCAGACACUGAACUUUCCUCAUAGAGAUUCAUUGAUUCAAUUCAUCUCUAUGAGGAGAUGCUGAUUGGUCAGGGCUGUUUUUUGAAUCAUGCUGGCUCUGCCCUGAUCUGCCUCCUUGUCAGUCUCAGCUAAUCCUAUGGGGAAGCAUUGUGAUUGGCUCAGGCCACCACUUCUUAAGAUGUCAGUGGGCAGGUUUAAAGGAACCUGGGACAAACUAUGCAGCUGCAGGCUUCAAUUCAAGUAAGAUUUUACUUUAUUUUUAGAGGCAUGAGGGGACCAAAGUGGCUAGAUGGUGGUUUUAACCCUAUAGGUCAGGAUUACAUGUUUGUGUUCCUGACCCUAUAGUGCUCCUUCAACAGUGGGGUUUAAAUUUAAAAUGAAAGCAGGUAUAUCUUUUUACUGGGGGUACCGCAUGAGAUCGUCAAGGCUAUUUGGAAUAUUUUCUUACCAUGCCUUUUAUUUGAUUAAUUUAAAAGCAGUUUUAUUUUAAAAAAAAUAUCAUUUUAUUUCAUUCAACUCUUGUUUGUAUGUAUAAAAAUGUUUUGUGAUUAUUUUUUUAUUUUAUUUUAUUUUGUUUCCCCCUGAUAGCUAUUAGUUCCAUUUCAAGACAACGCAGUGGAAGUUGAACAGAAUACAGAUUUACCAGACUACCUGCCGGAGGAUGAAUCCUCAUCGAAGGAACAAGAUAAGGCAGUGUCGCGUGUCGGGGUUCACCAAGACAAUGCAAGCAGUUGGCUAAGCACUGCAGCAAACUUUUUAUCCAGAUCCUUCUACUGGUGACAUGGGCUCCAGAUUCAGAGACUGCUAUACCAUUUCAAAACAGGUUAACAUCAGUCCAGCAAUCUGCAAAGUGCAAUAAAAUAGUAAACAAAAAAUGGUUUAAAACGCGCAGAUUUUACAUUCUUCCAUCAAUGGCCGUGUUUGUAUAGCCACUUCAAGGAAAGAGGUGAAAGAACAUGUUUCUUGGUUUUAUUGCGUGUGUCCACACUUUGCUAUUACACAGUCCUGUUGUAAGCCAAAUAAUUGCUCUAUUGAAAACACGCGUCACAUCUGCAGCCUUAAGGUCACUGAAAUAUGUAUGUAUAUUAUAAUAUUAUACAGGAAAUUCAUUUUUUGCCUCAAUUCUCAGGACCUCUCAUUCUAAUUAGCUAUAGAUGUGCAUGAACACCUUUUAAAUAUGUUUAUUUGCCUUACUUUGUGGAAGUGUUUGUCUUUUGUGACUUUUACUUUAUUUUUUUUUAGGUUUUUUUCUUUUUUGUCACUAGCCUUUUUUUAAGUCACAAAAACAGAAAUAUUUCCAGGUUAUCCAGAUUAUGAAUGUGUUGUGUUUUUUGCCUUUCUCUACUGUUGUAAUUUCAAGUACCACAAACGUGCCAUUGCAGAAUGAGCUAGAACAGAUCACAACAAACUGUUAAGUUUCGCAAAUACAAUUGGGGACAGCCUGCGUUUCUUGCAUAUUCCGUUUUGAUAAAAACUUUUCUAACUUUUCGGUGAACCCUCACCUAGAUCAGCCAAGCUCUGAAAUUUCCCAAAGUAAAAGGUUUAUGGAAAAAAAAAAAAUCUUUAGAACUUUUAACUGAAUUGCACCGUAGAAGUGGUUGGUGUGAUUGUUUUCUCAUGUGUUUGUGAGCUUUGUGCCCUCAAAUACAGAAAAUAUGUAACCCACAUUUUAUAAACUGUUUAAACUACCAGAUUUAAAACAUUUCUGAUGUGUUGCAGCAAGAAAAAAGCUCAGAUUAUUUAAAAAAAAAAAGGAAAAAGAAGGCUUGCAGAAUCUGUAUUGUGCUGUUUUACAGGAAUAUAGAAAAAUAAGACCACUAACUUAAACUGAUUGUUGCUAAAAUAAAAAUUAAAUAAAUGUAUAUAAUAAUAAAAAGUCUAUUUCUUGUUAUGCCAGUUUGCAAUUUUUACAUUUGUAUCCUGUAAUAAUGCCUUGCUAGAAAUAUUUGCUUUUUGUGUCUUCUUUAUGUGCGGUUUUUGUAUUUCCACAAAUGUUAAAAAAGCAGCAUUGUUCCUUUCAAUACUGUAGUAAUUCAACAUUGUCUCUCUAAGGAUCAAAAACUGCCAUUGCAGAGGAUGAUGUUAAAUAUCUAUUCUAGCCCCAAAAAUGUAGCCCCUUGGUUUUGCUGUUACUGAAAGUGGUGUCUAAUUUAUCUUUGAAGUUCUGGAUACAGAUCGAGUUUAUUUGUAAAAUUGUGUGAUUGCCUUGUCAAAAGAUAGAAUAUUUUAAUGGUGUUACUUUCUCCCCUUUUUGUGAGGCGAAAGAAUCUGUACGGAAACAAAUCACUCAGCAAGGUUCCAUUUUCUGUUUGGUUUGAUUUUAAACUUUCUAUUAAAGCACAUUUUUUUUAUGCCUGAAUGUUUAAGCAAGAUAAAGUUUUAAACAGAAACCACUACUGCGGGUUAAUUUUGCUUCUAGGGUUUUUCACCUAAAGUGCGAUUCAUGUGAGCAUAACUACAUAUUAUUCUGCCACUUGAGAGUUAAGGGGUUGUUUGUGUAAAUUAAACCUAUUAUAUCCCUGCACUGGAAUAUAUUACUUGCACAGUGGGGCAACAUGAUAAAAUUGGUCCUUAUAAUCCAAACUAGUCCGCAUUGUCCCAAGUAUACUCUUUGUAAAUGAGGCGACUUGCAAAGGUAUCUUCCGUAUCUGGUUUAAGACUUUUUCCAUCCAGGUAUUUCCUUAUACUGCGGAUAAUUGGGCUCAAUCUGUGGUUUGAUAAGCUUUACAUUACUGGUUCCACCUAAUUUCAUCAUUGUAUAUGCUCCUAACAUAUUAACAUGGACCUGAUUCAUUUACAGUGACAGAAAGCAACUUAGCAGGAAAAAAUUACAACGUACUUGUCAGGCCUGGUGACCCCAGUGACUAGCAUUCUUACCAGAUUAUUCACUGAAGUGAAAAAUGUUGAGAAUUAAAUGUAAAGCCAAAGUAGUCUAAGUGGGGAAAAAAUGUCUCAACGUCAGCUGUGCUUCCAGUUUGGUUACUUUGGCCUUAUAUUUGAAAUUUACUUUGUAUUUCUAACAGUUCUCAAUUAGUGAAUAACCAUAUUACGGUCGAGAUUAUACAACACUUGAGAAGUAUGUUCCUCCUAUCAAACAUCCAUAGUGCUUUGCCAGACCUUAAGACCUGGAUGACGACCUACCAGUUACCCUGCUAUUGACAAUCUAUCCAUCCAGUAUGCCUGCUCAAUAGAAUGCUCAACUGCAGAGCAAGUGGACUAAGGCAAGGUUUGCCAGUCAUGUUGGAACAUUGCAUAUGCAAAGCUCCUCUUAUCAAUACUAAACUAUCACAUACUUGGAUAAAUAUGUUUACAAGUUGGCUGGUGAAUGAAAAAAGGUACCCCCACUAUUGCAACAUACCUGGCCCAUUCAUAGCUUAUUGCAAGUUUAUAUAUUGUAACUUAAUUUUAUUAAAAUAUGUAUGGAUAUGUCUUUGUGCUUUCUGGUUUUGUGUUUGAGCAAACACUAACACAAAAAAGUGAAAGGUUAUGAAGAAAACCUCAUUCCUUAAAAAAAUUUAAAAAAAUAAAAAAUUACAUUUUGUGUGCUGUACUGAUAUGUGAUAAAGUCGAUGCACAACAAUAUCCGUUUCCUCAAGCUAUUUAGCAAGAGUUACAUUUUUUUUUUUUUUUUUUUCAUACGUUGUUCGGCCCUCCAAGACUAAUGGUAUAUUUACUGAUUCGCUGUCCCGAGUACAUAGCACACCUGGCUGUACGUGUGUGUGUGUGUGCUUACGGUCUUGAACUACCUGUUACAUUAAGAAUAAUCUACAUCUGAAUUAUAUUUUUACACUCCUGAAAGAUUAUAUUAAAGCAACAACUUACUGAGCUUGUCAGAUCAUUCGGCAAUAUCUACCAAUAUAUUCAUAGACAUUUUUAAGAGUAUAAAAUUAUAGUCUCAGUGCUUACAAGUACAUGUGCAUAUCUGCAGACAAAAGGCAAAGUAAGGUCUUGUAAACCGCACUUAAACUGCGUUGUUAGGCUGCCUGUAACCAAUGUCCUGUGAAGCUGUACUAAUAACAUAUACCACUUCCUUGAAGCAGUGCACAUAAGCAUUUUAAUAUACCGCUAUUGUUUGUGCUUAAUCUAAAUUAUUAUAUCAGGACUAAUAACCUCUUUACUUUCCUCAGUCGCCAAAAAUGUUUUUUCUGCCAUUUCAAUGAAAGCAGUCUGUAAAUUUUAAACUUUGAAAUAUGUUGUGUAAAUAAAAUAAAAUCUGCUUAUUGCUC